AUGAAAUUUGCAAAACAGCUGGCUUUAAGAACCAUUCAAUCAUGGUCUGAAUAUUAUUUGGACUAUAAAAGUCUUAAAAAGUAUAUUAAAGAGGCAUCUGCAAAUUAUCAUGCAAACAAUCGUGAUCCAGACAUAUUAAAGAAAACUUUGGAGGAAUUUCGUGAAUUAUUACUUGUCGAAUUAAAAAAAGUAGAUUCGCGUUUCGAACAAGUUGAAAUAGAAUCAUCUACGGUUUUAGACGAAUUGAGCGCUAGAUCGCAUAAAACAAUGACAACUGAACAAAUAGAUCAAUGGUAG